UCUUUUCCCCCUACUCGUGUUUUCUUUUAACUCAACAUUUUGCACAGCAUCUUGCAUGGAGACUCCGACAGCUGGGCUGGAGGCAAAACAGUUCUUCCGGCUCUAGCUAACCAGUGCUCGAAAGGCAAUUGUUCUACACUCAUCAGACAGAAAAAAUGAUAAUCAUGGUGUAAGGAAGAGGUUUAUCAUGCUGCCCAGAGGCUGAACCAGCAAAGACAGCAAAGCCAAUGUGAUUCAUACAGUGAAGAUAGUGGCAAUUACCACCAACUUGGUCACGUUUUGCCUUGAACAGCUGAAACCACUAGGUGAAAAUGACACAGCAAAUGCAGAAUUUAAGCCUCCUCCAGAGUAAAAAGAACAGUAUGCCAUCUUCUCCAAAUGCUGCAAAGCGAUUGUAUCGGAACCUGUCAGAGAAGCUGAAGGGGAGCCAUACGUCCUUUGAUGAAGCGUAUUUCCGAGCGCGCUCGGACCGGCUCAGCCUCCGUAAGACCUCGAUGAAUUUCCAAUGCAAUGAAGCCAUGUUUGAGGCCGUAGAACAGCAAGAUCUGGAUGCUGUUCAGAUUCUUCUCUAUCAAUACACACCAGAGGAACUGGACCUGAAUACUCCAAACAGUGAAGGACUUACUCCUUUGGAUAUUGCUGUUUUAACUAACAACAUCCCUAUUGCUAGGACUCUUCUACAUGUUGGGGCAAAAGAAAGCCCACACUUUGUUAACAUGGAAAUCAGGUCAGUGCAUCUGUGUACAUUGGUCCAGGAAGCACAGCAGCGAGUUACUGAAUUGUCUGCACAAGUGAUGAAUGAAGGCCUUGGUACAGACAACACAGAAAAAGAGAAGCAACUAAAAGCAUGGGAAUGGAGAUACAGGCUAUACAAGCGCAUGAAGGCAGGCUACGAGCAUGCUAGAGCCCCUGAGGCGCCAACCAAUGUCUGUCUCAUGGUAACAAGCAGUACAUCACUCACUGUCACCUUCCAAGAACCUCUGAGUGUCAACUCAGCUGUGGUGACCAAGUAUAAAGUGGAAUGGAGUUGUUCAGAAGACUUUUCUCCUUUGGUUGGUGAAAUAAUCCUGGAUAAUCUUCAGUCUUUGAGAUGCACCAUCACAGGUCUCAGAACAGGCCAGAGGUAUUACAUUCAUGUUUCAGCAUACAAUAUGAGAGGAUGGGGACCUCCACGAAGAUCUACUCCUGCAUAUGCUUCUCCUUCAAACUGGAAAGACUGCAGUGGAAGAGAGCCUCGGCACAGGGGACAUAGUGAGGCCCUGGAACGUCUCCUUCAGCAGGUUCGAGCAGCUCAUCAGCAUUAUAAUUGCAGAGAAAGUUCCAAAUUACAGAACACUGGCCGCAAGCAGUCCGUCUCUAGAAGCCUGAAGCACCUUUUUCAUUCAUCAAACAAGUUUGUGAAGACUCUGAAGCGGGGACUCUACUUGUCUGUCAUAUUUUUUUACAAAGACAAUCUGUUGGUAACCAAUGAAGAUCAGAUCCCAAUUGUGGAAAUUGAUGACUCUCACAGUAGUUCAAUUAUGCAGGAUUUCCUGUGGUUCACAAAGUUGUCUUGUAUGUGGGAUGAUAUCAGAUGGCUGAGGCAGAAUAUGUCUGUAUCCAUCUCCUCAUCAACAACACUUCAAGCCAGGCAAAAGAUGCUUUCUGCAGCAGCACAGCUCCAGAACUUGCUGGGAACUCACAACCUCGGCAGAGUUUUUUAUGAGCCAAUCAAGGAUCGGCAUGGCAAUAUAUUGAUUGUUACUAUAAGAGAGGUGGAGAGUCUUUAUUCAUUUUUUAAUGGCAAAUGGAUGCAGGUAUCCAAACUACAAAGCCAGAGGAAAUCCCUUUCAACGCCAGAGGAGCCAACAGCAUUAGACAUUUUGCUUAUAACAAUCCAGGACAUACUCUCCUAUCACAGAAGAAGUCAGCAACGCCUCCCUCCUGGAUUGUAUCUGGGUUACCUUAAACUCUGCAGUUCUGUGGAUCAAAUCAAAGUCCUUGUGUUGCAGAAGUUGCCUAAUGUCCUCUGUCAUGUCAAAAUCCGAGACAACAGCAAUGUCUCCAGAGAUGAGUGGGAAUGGAUCCAAACACUUUCUGGCUCAGAAUCUGUGGAAAGUAUGGAUCAUACUUCAGACUGCCCUACUCAAUUGUUCUUGUAUGAGCUCCAGAUGGCAGUGAAAGCUCUCCUUAAACAGAUCAAUCUACCUCUGCAUCAGGCUAAGCACUUCCGUCUGUAUACACAGGAGGUGUUGGAACUGGGUCACAAUGUCUCCUUUCUUCUCCUGCUCCCCGCCUCAGACGACGUCUGCACUGCCCCAGGACAGAAUAAUCCUUACACCCCACACUCAGGAUUUCUUAACCUCCCUCUUCAGAUGUUUGAACUCGUUCAUUUUUGCUGUUACAAGGAAAAAUUUAUAAGCCUGUAUUGCCGCCUUUCUGCUGUCAUGGAGCUGGACUCUCUGAAAACCCAGCAGUCCCUGAGGGAAGCAAUUUCAGACAGUGAAGUCGCUGCAGCCAAACAAAGACACCAGCAAGUUAUGGACUACAUACAGCAAGUUGAUGAGAUCUGGAGGGAAAUGAGAUGGAUCACAGAAGCACUGCAGUACGCAAGGUACAAGCAGCCUGCAGCUGGGCUACCAAUAAAGAAACUUGUGAAUCUUUCAGAAGAACACUCUCAAAAGAAAGUCAGUUCAACGUCUUCACAUCUAGAUUGUCUUCCCUCACCUCCUUCCUCACCUGAGGCUAGAAGUCAGAGGAGAAAAGCAGUAAGCGAUUCCCAGCCCUGCUCAGAUGAAGAAGGCUGUUCAGAAGUAUUCCUUCCGACUGACAGUGACUAUGAUUCCAGUGAUGCAUUAAGCCCCCGAGAAUUAGACUUGAUUUACUCCUCCCCACACGACAUAUCCCAGCAGGCAGGCAGUGGCCUGGGCGGUAGUGCCCCUGAUGUUCUCCAAGUCCACGACGUGAAGCCUUGCCUAACACUGAAAGAAGGCCUGACAGAGUGUAGUGCCUUUGAUUCUAAUGCUGAAUAUUGCACAGAGGAUAUGAGCAAUCUGACGAUGUCAGGGAUCACAUCAAAAAGCAUAGACAAGUCCUCUAGCUCCAGGCAGCCAUUGAGCUUUUUAGGGAAAAAGAGACUAGGGAAACAUCAGCAUUACAACUACUUCAGCAAGCAUCAUCGUUGGCUGCGUGUGCACAGCGAGACACAGUCUGCCUGUCUGUCUGAAGGUGUGUAUACUCAGCAUCUCAUGAGAUCUUCAGAUUUAUCCCAAGAACCUACCUCCAGUGAGCAGUUACAGCUUCCCAUCGAAGAGUCACGGAGCACUUUCUUACCUCAUGCAUCCAGCCUUCCAGAAGAUGGAAAAGGCAAGUAUGAGGAAUCGAGGCAAAAUGUCCAUAGGAUACACGUGGAACCUUAUAAAACAACAUUUCUGAGUGAAGAGGGCAAAUCCUGGGCAGUGAGCAUGCAGUCUGUAGAAAAUGAGGAUGUGCACAGUGCUAUGCAACAGAAAAUGGGUUCAGAUGAUGCUGUGGGUUCUGCUGUCUCAGAAGUAUUCAGCAGCACACUGUAACUCCAGACUUCUGCUUUGCUUCCCAUUGCUCCACAAGGAGGUAGUGAGCAUUAUGCAUAUGGGGCCAUACUUUCAAAACUACUUUUGGAAGUCCAGCUCCUGAAAUGACAACUUGUGUCACUCAGAAGAAUCCUCAUCGUUUGACUCCAUCGCCACAUUCCCAGUCUUACAGCAGUACCUGCCAUGAUGCAAGCAGUAUUACUUGUACCAGCAGUUUCGCCAGGAGGGUCGCACAUAACGGAUGCUUUGUGGCUGCAAAUCCAGUGAUCAGUCUUUGCAGUUGUCUUAAUUUCCAGAUAUCUCUAAGCAUGCAAAAUUUUAAGCAUGAGUGGUUCUGACUGCAAUGUAGCAGAAAUUGUAACAUCCUUGGUGUCCUCACGUUAGGACUGUGUCCUAAGCCUCUAUGAACCUGUUCUCCAGCAUCUCCAAUGCAUUUUUCUUCUUCUCAGCCCUUUUGAAUGGAUUAAGGUUGCAUGUCACUGAAGUGCUAACUGAUUUAGUAACAGUUAUCCACAGUGUCUAGCCACUAUAGAGAACUGAGCAUUCUUUCAGUAUCUAAAAAAUCCAGUCAUCAUUAACACUGCAUGCACAAUCUGUGAAUGUUGCCAGAGCCUGACAAAAUUAUCACAGCGUUUGAGGGUUUUUUCAGAAGCUCAGAUUUCAAAUGACAUGAGUAGCAGGUUAUUGUAAAGGCUUAAACAGGAGUCAACCUUUGAGGUCACAAGCAGACAGAAUGAGUCUAGUCUCUCCAGAAUGAAUAUAUACAGGGUCUGAAUAGGAGUGAAGAGAAGCUUGGUCCUCUACCCACACACAAGUGUGCAUUUCUUUAUGCAGAGACUCUCAAACAUCCACUGGAAAAAAAUGCACCUACUUUUGUUCCUGACUUUUCAGUGUAUAUUCAGGGGUAUCUGAUCGCUAUGUCUGAAAUUGGGAUAUUCUGGCAAUUGCCAUUAGGGAAAUUUGGGGGUGCAUUUUAAAGUUGCAGUGUUUUGUUUGUGUCACCAAUAAACAGUGGCAUCCUUAGAAGAGUGCAAAGCAGUGUUAGCUAACAAAAGAGUGUUAGCAUGCUGUCUUUGUCUAAAGGCAGAUCACAAUUUUGUCAUUUGCAACCAGAAUAAGACUUAGAGUACUCCAGAAGAUGAUCUCAACAAAGAAAUCUGUAUUAAUGAGAACCAUAACAUCUGAGUCACUGAGAAAUGAACUAAUGUGAAGAGAAACCCCAGCUGUUGCACAAGCUUUAAUUUUUCUUAUACAGUUCUUGAAGUUUAAUUUUAUGGGCCACAUUCCUGCUGGUUAAAUUCCCUCACUCCAUGUUUGCGCAGCCUUCUACCCUUCAAUUUUUCAGCCUCCAGGUGGAUACAUUCUAAGGCCUCCAAUAAAGAGAUUUGAGUUAAAUAGUUGAGUUUACAAGUCCUUGAGGUGAAGGUAAGGAUUUGGGCCCAUGAUCUGUGGUCCUUAUUAAAAUAGCACUUCCAUAACCCCAGUGCUAUUAAAAUCCCUGUGAACUCAAUCCAUAAAUUCAAAAAUAAAUGUUAUUCACUAUUUCAUGCUUGGUCAGUAUGCAGAAGCCAAAAAGAGCUUAAGCAGUGAUAUAAACGCAGAAACUUUCUAUAAGGCAUUUACAUUUGUAAUUUCUCUUUCUUGGGGGGAGAGGAAAGUUACCUUUUUGCACCAAUGAUAUUCAUAAUGUGAUCCAAUCCUCAGUGAGGAUGGAAACAUUUCCAUUCACUUCCAAAGGCUCCAAACAAGACCCAUACUGAAAAUUCCUGUGGGUGAGAAGAUGGGGGAGCAAAAGUCUCAGUGCCAAUUUGCAGCUAGAAGGACAUGCAUUGUAUGUUGUAUGCCACAUGAAAUUGCAUGGGGAAAACCUGACUCACACACCAUAGAACCAAACAGUGAUGUUUUACCAUUGCUGAAGGCAGCAACAGCUUGUUACAUUAGAUUAUGUUUGUUAGCAGAAGGCAGUUUGUCAGGGAGAGACAAUUUUCUAGAAUAAAGCAUCUAGCCCAGGCUCCCCUGACCUUUUCAGCCUCUGAGCAAAGCUGCUGUGUAACUGCUUACUGAAGUACAAAAACAACAGUAUGCUGAGGCUGUUUUUGUAAAAUGUGAUGAUACAAAACACGAUGAUAUUCCUAAAAUGAAACCCACCUUGCUUUGCUUUGGCUUUUCAGGACAAACAGAGCAGUGAGGGCACGAAGUAGCAAAACCUUCAGCAGAAGAACAGGUACACACUGCUGGACAGAUAAGGAUGUAAAAUCUCUUUUAUCCACUCCUUCUGCUGGGCUUUUCCAGAAGUAGUCAUGUGUCUAAUAAAGAACUGAGAAGAAGGUUGACUGUUCCCUAAUUUUGCCUUCCUGUGUGUGCUAAGGCAGAAUUUGACUCUGGGAGUACAAAUGCCAGCCAGAAUCUACUGCACCUUGCUGUUAAGUUUGCUAUAUGGAAGUGGUGCUUAUCUGACAUCCUGCAGGGCAUCCCUCCUUGAUCCCAUUGCCUCUAGACUGAGGUUCUUUCCCAACUGUAAAAGUCAAAAUAGUUCUGACUUUAAAUACUUCUGCUUAGAAAGCACUUAGUUAUCUUUUGAAAGAAAUAUCUGUUCUUUGUUCUCAAUUGAUAUCCCAGAGAUAGAUAAAUAGUAGAAAGAGAUGCCUUUCAAGCAUAGUGGUAACACUAAUCAUAACACCUCUGUGGUUCCCGUAGGAAGAUCACUCACGUUUCCCAAGCAACAACUGCGAUUCGAAGAAUCCUGAGAAACACAGCACUGUUACCUCACCUCAAAAAAGCACAGAAGCAUUGAGUGACUGUUCCGAGUAGGCCUUAGAGAAAAGGCUCAGUAAGAAAUCAAAUGAAAAUUAAGAACACAGACUGUUGCUUUAAUCACUGGGAACCCUUUCUCCGGCUGGAGCGAGGGUCCUUUCAGAGGAUUCACGCACAGACACAGGAAGUAUUGAGUUUCAUAGCCCAGCACAUUCUAGAAUCUCUUGAGUCUGUACCCACGUACAUCAGCUGAAGCUCAGAUCUGAAGUGGGUACUUAGGCUCUGCAAACUUCUGGAUAGCGUCUUUCUUAGCUAACAGCUUGGCACAGAACUUCUGUCCUGUGUUUUUCAGGGAGUUUAUUUUCUCCUAGGCUGAACCCAGCUCCUUCUAAUUUCCAGGCAUUACUUGGACUGGCCAGAAAAAAACCAUACCUCUCUAACAUUAUGACCCCACAAGAAACCAGUGGACCCUGUGGUCUAAAACAUUCCUGUUUCUGCUAAUAGAAUGCUAGAUAUAGGUGAACUGCGAGCUCUACACUAAUAAUUCUUUGCAUCUGCAAGAUGGACAUUUUGCUUGAAGAAACCUGUGGCUCAAAAGCAUUUAUCUCCUAUGCUUGUACAUGUUUUGCUUUGCCUAGAUAUUAAUAAAUAAGUAGAUUUUCUACACAGUAAGGGCACAUACAGAGAAAUAUAUAAUUAAUAAUUCACUGGUGAAGCAUAAAUACUUUUAAAUACAAACAUUAAAGGGAGAGGAGGAGGACGUAAUAUUACGUCCUGAACAUUUUAUAGUGUAUUGGAGAGACAUGAUGUAUCUUUACAUUUCUUACAGAACAAAGAAGUGCAUUAAGUUGCUGGUCAACUCUUUUAAGGUGUUUAAACUCAUGGCUCAUGACUGUUACGUAAAACUUCAAUGGAGCCUUACUAACAACAAAGGUAUAGUGUAUCUGAAAAUACGGUACACAGCUUGGAAACUUACUCUGAAUUUCUCUGAGGUGUUGAACUUUGCCAUCAGCAAGAAGUAUUUUUAGAAAGGAGACUGAAUUUUCAGGCAACAGAGACUUCAUCAAGGUGGGUGUCUAAUUUUUCCACCGCAGCUGAACAUAAAAUAGCUAGAAUACUUUAUUUGUAAGUAUAAUUUAUCUUUUGAUUCCGUCAAGGAGAAUUCAUAAGGCUAAAUCAUGUCAGAGAAGUAUGAAGCGGAGCUGUUGGCCAGAGAAUUCUGUGCAAAAAAGGGCACCACUCCCCAAGGUGAGCUGAGGGCUGUACUCUGGAAACGUGCUUUGGGCAGUAGUCUGGCCCCCUUUGUGCAGGCACAAACUACAGUUGUCUCUGCUGCUAAGUGUUCGCAAAGGCAAUAGGAGCUUUUCUGUUGAUUUGACGAGGCUUUGGAGCAGGCCCCACAUGCUGCUGAAAGCUGUAUAGAUCCUACUAGCACAGAGAUCAUCUCUCCAUAUUGAUGUUGAUGAGCUCUUACCCAGCUGGCUGUCUCUCACACUGUGUUUUUGGGAUGAAAUAAGAGCUAUGCUAGAAUAUCUUCCUCAGCCUUUUUGUAACAAAUCUUGGGCAAGAUUUAGCCUUUAAAACAGUCAUCCCAUAGUAGGGUAAAGUGUCAUUAAGCUUGUCUGUCACUAGGCUACAGAAAGCCUUCUAUUUUGCUAGUCAAAUAAUAGGAAGAGAUUUCUUAGGGUUUUUUGUUUGUUUCUUUUGUGUUUUUUUUUUUGUUUUGUUUUUUUUUUUAAGGUUGUAUGAAAUUGAUAUUAAAAAAAGGAAGUUACUGGUGUAGCACUAAUUACCUUCCAACUGUGAACUAUGGUAAUUUAUAUUUUAAGCUAAACGCACAGCCUUUUUGCGUUUUACUUUAUAUAAAGGUCAGUCUGGGCCCAAUCCUGCUUUCCUCGGCCCUCAUUCCUGGGCCUUUUGCACCAGUGCAGAUCACAGCAGUUCCACUCCGCUCAGCCAGCCGUGAGGUGGGCAGCGCCACGCGCCUGCAGGCGGCUCAGUGCCGGCCGAGGGCCUGGAUGCGUGCGGACACCGACAGCAGCACAGCUGGCUGGCGUAAAACCAAUGCGUGUAAGGAAGACAAAGGUUUUCCUCUCAUGGAACGUUGCCCUGGAUGCCAACGGGGCUGCUGUCCAAGCAGGGGUCAGAGGUGGAGCCCACCCUGCUGCUGUGUGCUGCUGGGAGGGCAGCGUGCGGCAGAACGCGUUGCUGCGCUCAGAGAGGGACCUCGUUUCU